AUGGAGAGAAAUAAGAUGCAAGCAGUCCUGCAAAAGAGACCCAACGUCCAGAAGGAGUCGAGGAAGUGCGCGCAAAGGUUCUGGGUGGUUUUCCCGCACUUCAUCCUUACCUGGAGGGGGGGGGGGGGCUCCAACACGGACGGGGAGUACCGGGAGUUUCUGGGUCAGAUUGUCCACAUCGUGCAAAACGACACCGGCAACAGCUCCAGUACGCACGAAACUAUCCUGGACCGCGUGCAGGAAAAGAUGAAGAAGUUCAAGUCCAUAUGGUUCCAGAGACCCAGCAGAUGGAGUUUUUUUGGUUCCAUGUUUUUCUGUUGCACUGUAUUCACAACAGUGGGAUACGGGGAGAUCUACCCCAUCACACUGCCUGGGAAGGUGGCGUGCGUUUUAUACGCCAUGGUGGGAAUCCCCCUCAUGCUCCUGGUAAUCCUGGACGUGGGGGACUUCCUUGCCUUGGUGAUGUCCAGGGCCUACGUACACAUCCACUCGCUCUUCAAAGCCCUCCGCUCUCGCAGCUGGUCGCCGUGGAAACGCGGGGGCAAGGCGGCGGACUCGGGCCGCUUCGUGCUCAGUCAGGACGUGGUGAUCCGCGAGCCCCUGGACCUCCGGCAGGUCCUGCGCAGCCAGGCCGACGUGCGGCACAAGUCCGUCCACCUGGAGAACAACCGGGAGAUCUUCGAGAAGAUCCUGGCCAGGGAGAACCUGAAGCGCAAGGGCCCGCUUCUCAAAAGCCUGUCCUGCCCUGAACUGGACCAACUGCUACCUGCCCCUAAAGGAUACGCCAUAUGGGACUUCUCCGGGUUAGGGGACGGCAUGGAAACCCUAGAUUUCCCCUUUAUCCUGAUCCUACUGAUUGUGUUUGCAUACAUCUGCCUCGGAGGUUUGAUUCUGCCGUUGUGGGAAACCGAGUUUGAAGACUUUGAUCCGUACUAUUUCUGUUUCAUAACCCUCACCACCAUUGGUUUCGGCGACAUCGUACCCAGACACCCGAACUACUUCAUGCUCACCUCGCUUUUCAUCAUCGUGGGCAUGGCUAUCAUGUCCAUGGCCUUUAAGUUGAGCCAAACGCGAAUUGUGGGCUGUUACCGCAAGUGCAUCAAGUUUAUUAGCAGAGGAAACGUUGAGACUUCCAAAGAUGAGCCCGACGUCUAA